UCAUGCAUCUGAACCUGACACCAACACAGGAGCGUGAAAUGUGUCACGUCCUUUUGCACUGCCUGCUCAAGGAGAAGCAGCACACCCUUUCUAUGCCUAUCUGGCCCAGUUCUUCAUCAAGCGAGACCGUCGUUUUUACAUGAGCCUUCAGUGCGCAGUCUGGGACAAGUUCAAGGAGCUGGAUCGACUGAGUCCAACAGCUCUGGCCAAUCUAGCCGAAUUUCUAGUCAUCUUGCUGUCGCAAGAGGCCCUGUCACUGGCUGUUCUCAAGACAAUCCAAUUUGUGGACAUGAGCCCGGCAUUGCUGAAACUCCUGCGAACACUGUUUAGCAGUUUGCUGCUGAACCGACCUCAGGGUGUCUAUGAGAAAGUGUUCCUGAAAGUGGCGGAUGCACCCCAGCUACGUCUUCUGCGAGAAGGGCUGUGCCUCUUCCUCAGGCAUUUCUUCCUCAAGGACCCAGACAUGGACUCCACAGUCCGCAGCACACUCAAGCAGCAUGCUGAGCAUGCAGAGGAGACCCUUAGCAGGACUGACAAGAAAGCCAUUUUGUAAAUGUAAAUUAAACCAGAUUUGAUUCU